AUUUUUGCCAUACCUUUCGUGGCCGUGACUCACAAACUUUCUAACUUUUUAGAACCCCCACCAAAGGAGGCAGGUGAAGUCGUAAACCACAAUGCAGUCUUUGAUGAAGUCGAGGCUUUAGAACUGUCCACCUACCGGUCCAAGAACAUUGCAAAUAAAUUUGAGGAGUUGAUGCAGUGGACCCUUGACGGGAAGCUGUGGCGAUACCCUAUUGACAAUGAGCAAGCACAUUUCUGCUGCCCCUUCUACCCCUUAUCUAUCAAUGCCAACUUUAUUUCUCCUCCAGGUUGGGACUCAGAAAAUAACACCGGCUUUGAGGACCAUGUCUUCCUCAAUCGCUUUUUGGAUCGCACCUCGAAAAAGCCUGCUCCGCUGACCGCCUUCAUGGAGCUGGUGUGUACGGGACUGGCACAGAACCCUUACCUCGACAGUACCGAGAAGAGGAAACAUCUGGAGUGGUUUGAGGGUUACUUUAAGACCAAGGCCGGACAGAUAGAGGCGGCGGUGCGGGAGGAAAAGCGGUUGGCCGAACUGGAGGCGAAAGCAAAAGCUACUACUCAAUAA